UUGUUCUGGAGCGCAUGCUUGUUGUGUAGUGUUCAACUCGCAUGCGCAGUGUAGGGCAUUGUUACAACCAAGAUGGCGUUAAGUAAAACGUUUGGCCAGAAACCGGUAAAAUUCCAGCUAGAAGAAGAUGGGGAUUUCUAUAUGAUCGGAUCAGAGGUAGGAAACUACCUGCGUAUGUUCAGGGGUUCCCUGUAUAAGAGGUACCCCUCUCUGUGGAGGAGACUAGCUUCAGUUGAAGAGAGAAAGAAGAUAGUUGCAUCCUCACAUGAUCACGGUUACACGACUUUGGCAACCAGCGUGACUCUCCUGAAAGCUUCGGAAGUUGAGGAGAUUCUGGAGGGAAACGAUGAGAAGUACAAAGCAGUUUCCAUCAGCACUGAGCCACCUGCCUACCUCAGAGAGCAGAAGGCAAAGCGCAACAGCCAGUGGGUGCCCACCCUGCCCAACAGCUCCCACCACCUGGACGCAGUGCCCUGCUCCACUACCAUCAACCGGAACCGCAUGGGCCGCGACAAGAAGAGGACUUUCCCCCUCUGUUUUGAUGAUCAUGACCCAGGGGUUAUUCACGAGAAUGCCUCCCAGUCCGAAGUUCUGGUUCCGAUUCGACUUGAUAUGGAGAUAGACGGACAGAAGCUGAGGGACGCCUUCACUUGGAACAUGAAUGGUAGGGAGAAGCUGAUGACUCCUGAAAUGUUUGCAGAGAUUCUGUGUGACGACCUGGAUUUGAACCCCCUGGCCUUCGUCCCUGCCAUUGCCUCAGCGAUCAGGCAGCAGAUCGAGUCGUACCCCACAGACAGCAUCCUGGAGGAGCAGGCAGACCAGCGGGUCAUCAUCAAGCUGAAUAUCCAUGUUGGCAACAUCUCGCUGGUGGACCAGUUCGAAUGGGACAUGUCGGAGAAGGAGAACUCUCCGGAGAAGUUUGCCCUGAAGCUGUGCUCCGAGCUGGGCCUGGGGGGAGAGUUCGUCACCACCAUCGCCUACAGCAUCCGGGGGCAGCUCAGCUGGCACCAGAGAACCUACGCCUUCAGUGAGAACCCGUUGCCGACAGUGGAGAUCGCGAUUCGAAACACGGGGGACGCAGACCAGUGGUGCCCACUGCUGGAGACCCUGACAGACGCUGAGAUGGAGAAGAAGAUCAGAGACCAGGACAGAAACACAAGGCGUAUGAGACGUCUCGCCAACACUGCCCCAGCCUGGUAAAUCAACACAGCAAAUCUUCUUGGAUUCUCAUUCUGAAGAGAACAAAGGAAAACGCUGCAAGCUGAUUGGCCUAAAAUACAGACAUUCCACUUGCUAGCCAAUCAGAGGCUGCCAUGAAACAGACCCUCUCCCAUGCUGUAUAUGUAAAAGACUGAUGCUCUUGUUUGUCGCCCAUGGAACUGAUCCACAGAAAAUAAUGCCUGUGUGGAAAAGUGUACUGGUAUUGUGAUGUUAAAUUGUUUUUGUAUAGGUGCUGAGGGCACUUUUAGUAAUUUUUUUUUAAAUAAAAGGAAUGCUAAAUA